AUGGAUCAACGACCGCGGCCCUCGCAAGACAAUGUGAGCAGAGAGCUAGUGCCCACGCGUCAGUCAGAAUCACAGGAUAGGCAAGGAAGAGUAUCGGAACAGCCAUCCAGCUCCAUUCCAAGAGACCGGUCACAGAAAAGCGCAAAUCGGCGGCCUAGUGGCUCAAGGAUAUGCGGGAAGUGCAGUCAAAAUCUGACAGGACAAUUUGUUCGGGCUCUCGGUGACACAUAUCACCUGGAGUGUUUUACGUGCCAUGACUGUGACAAGAUCGUUGCCUCAAAGUUCUUUCCUGUCCCAGACUCUGGUCCAAACCAGUACCCUCUGUGCGAAGUCGAUUACUUCAAACGUCUGGACUUAUUAUGCUAUGCAUGUGGUGGCGCACUCAGAGGCUCAUACAUAACUGCCCUGGACCGAAAAUAUCACAUCGAGCAUUUCACGUGUUCAGUAUGCCCAACAGUGUUUGGUGCUGCUGACAGCUAUUACGAACAUGAAGGCAACGUCUAUUGUCACUUUCACUAUUCCACCCGAUUCGCACAGCGUUGCAAUGGGUGCCAGACUUCGAUCCUCAAGCAAUUCGUUGAGAUUUUCCGAAAUGGUCAGAACCAGCACUGGCAUCCGGAAUGCUACAUGAUCCACAAAUAUUGGAAUGUACGCUUGGCGUCGUCAAAUCAGGCUGUGAUAGAGCCCGAGACGGACGACGAUAAAGCAUCCGACGAAGUCAGGGAAGCAGUACGAAAGAGUGAAGAGAAAGUCGAGGAAAAAGUCCUCUGGAUAUGGCGGACCCUAUCGGCUUUCGAGGAGAAAUCUGCCACUUGCAUUUCAGACAUGCUGCUCCAUGUCAGCAAUGGAGCCUACAUGGAGGGUGUAAUGGCUGCCAAGAAGUUCAUCGUUCACAUCGACCUUUUGUUUGGUGCGGCAGAUAAUCUCGAUCAAUUGCUGGUCGCUCACACCCCCAAAGGUCUGUCAUAUUCACGCGAAGCAAAGUUGUUGUGCAAGAAGGUCGUGGCUUUCUUCCAGCUGCUUGCAGAGUCAUCCCAAACAUCGGGAGUACGUCGGCUUGGUGUGACUCAGGAGCUGCUUUCUCUCGUUACAGGUCUCGCCCACUACCUCAAACUUCUCAUCCGUAUCUGCCUACAGGGCUCGUUACGUCUUGAAAGAGAGACUGGCAAUCAGGAAGGCCUUGGAAGCUUCUUGAACGAUAUAAACGCCUUGGAACCGAAGAUCGAGAAAGAUGCAGAAGCAGACGCGAAUACCGAGUCUGCGCUGUACACGCCACGCUCUGCAGAUACCUGCCCCGUGUGCGAGAAAUCGGUCGAGGACAGGUGUUUCAAAAAUGGUCACCUUGUUUUCCACACAGGAUGUAUGGUUUGUCAGAAUUGUGGUAAUGAUAUGACUGAAAACAUCUCGGAUGCGCGUUGGACAAGCUCGAGGCAAAGAGUUUUGUGCAGUGAAUGUUCGCGAAUCGCCCCGGACGCGGACGGUGGUUUUGUGACGGUAUCCAAACUUCGACAGUACGUCCAUUUAUUGAGGGUUGCCCAUGCGAGGCUCUUGGCGAACCUCCGGACCAACGGUGCCCUUCCACACACCUCCGACGAUCCAAACCUCGCAGACUACGAUUCAAACAAAGGCCACCGAUUGUCUGACGGUGAAGACGCACCUGGCUUGCUUCGCUCCAAUACACGUUCGAAAUCUUACGGCGGCUCAAGUGGGAACGACGGUCAGCAAAAUUCGUACGAACAGACUCUCGGUGACAUCCGCCGUCUGCGAUCUCAACGACUAGAUAAACACCUUUCAAGCACCAUGAAGAGAGCACGAAGUUCCCGUAUCAUCGACGGUCCUGAUGGACUUAUGGGACGCUCGGACGACGCCUAUGGGGACUCAAUGACGGGGCAAGGUAUGCAUUACACGCAAGACAAAGACGCAAAUGGCGAAGGCAGUGGUGCUCUCAAUCUAGGUGGCAACGCCCUUGCGCUGGACGAUAUUCCCAGGCUUGUCGCGGCCGAGCAGGCACGAGACCAGAGGCCAAAUGCUUCCAAGUACGCGCGGGGAAACCUCGUCGGCUCUGAACCGAAAGCCAGGCUUAUCAACGGUCAUCGUCGCGACUUCUCGGGAGGUCAAGAACUUGAGAUGGCUGCCGCGGGAGAACCCAUGACGCGACCCAAGAAAUACUUUUCAGAGCUGUCGGCAUUGGAGUAUUUCAUCGUGCGACACAUUGCUGUUCUAUCCAUGGAACCCCUUCUAGAGGGCAAAUUCAACCAGGAAGAACUUCUUGAUCUAAUCGAAACGAAGCGCAACAACUUCUGGGCUAAAUUCGGCAAAGCAUUCAAACCAGACUCCAAGCAGAAAGGGCCUACCAAGAAAAAGGGAAUAUUCGGCCGAGCACUUGAGCAUACUGUCGAAAUCGACGGUGCUGAGUCUACAGAUGGAGUGGGCUUUGGCACCUUGAAGAUUCCGGCGUUGGUCCAGGACUCCAUCUCAGCGAUGCGAUCUAUGGAUAUGUCCGUCGAGGGUGUUUUCCGCAAGAAUGGUAACAUCAGGCGACUGAAGGAGUUGGCGGAACAGAUUGAUAGGGAUGGUGGCGACACCGUCGACCUUACCAAGGAAAACCCAGUACAAGUUGCAGCCCUGCUGAAGAAAUUUCUUCGCGAGCUGCCUGAUCCAAUCCUGACUUUCAAGCUCUACAAGCUGUUCAUUGUCGGAGCACAGCUCCAAGAUGAGGACAGCCGUCGUCGCGUUCUACACCUCACAUGUUGUCUUCUUCCGAAAGUGCACAGAGAUUGCAUGGAGGUCUUGUUCUCUUUCCUCAAUUGGGCCUCAUCGUUCUCUACCGUAGAUGAAGAAACAGGCAGCAAGAUGGAUAUCCAUAACCUCGCAACCGUGGUUGCGCCCAAUAUCCUCUAUUCCAACACCAAAGGCAUGGAAAUGGACACCAGCUUCCUUGCGAUCGAAGUCGUCCAUACUCUCAUCGAAUGCAACGAGUCCAUGUGCGAGGUUCCUGAGGAUAUCGUCUCCAUGCUCAGCGAUUCUACACUAUUCGAAAUCAGCCCCGACCUGACCACCAAAGAGAUCCUGAAGCGUUGGGGAGAGAUCGGACGCGUUCCACAAGCAACCAUCACCAACACUCAAACGCAGAGACCUCGCUCUCGCGAAGGAAAGCAGGCUAACGGUGCUGCCGUGGCGCGCAUCGACACAGUACCCCCUCAGUGGCAGAACGAAUCAUCCGUUCGACAUGUAGGCGGAAAUCAGCAUAUGACAUACGGACCCUCUAGUGCUCAAAACACACCUCCACAGCACCAGCAUGAGCUAGCAACUCCAAAUUUGCCAUAUGCACAUGGUCAUUCGAAUGGGAGCUCAGAGUCUCGUGGAGGCAGCCCUCAUCGACAACCUUACCGGUCAAGCCCAGGCAUGCAGAAGCAAAACCCCAUGGGUAUCACUGGAGCCGGUUGA